AUGGGCAGGCAUCCUGAAUACCAGUAUCUAGAUCUGCUGGAGCAUCUGAUUGAAAAAGGUGAUCGCAGGAUAGACCGAACAGGUGUUGGAACCCUGUCCACUUUUGGUGCGAUGAUGCGCUUCGAUCUCUCUGAUGGCACAUUUCCGUCACUCCUUCAAGAGAACGUGAAGAUCUGGACUGACUGGCCGUUGGAAAAGUUUCGCAAGUCGACGGGAACGGAUAUUUCGCAGGCUGAUUUUGAAGCGCGGAUUUUGGCUGACGAUGAAUUUGCAGCACAGUGGGGUGAGCUAGGACCUGUCUACGGAAAGCAGUGGCGCCGAUGGGUCGAUGCCAACGGCAAAGAGCAUGAUCAGGUUGCAACUCUGAUCGAAACCCUGAAGAAGAACCCGACCAGU